AUGACCGAUCACGUGGUCGUUACGUUCCCUCCUCUGCUGUAUCCAAUACUAUCUGCAUCUGCUGUGGCCUCGGACCGUAUCGGAGAGUGAGCGGCAUGGAGCGGGUGACGGAGCCUCCCUGGUGAGAGAAGCCUCUAGUCAGGUUGUUUGUUCUCCAGAAGAAAAGCUCUUUCUUCAUCCAGUCAUCUUUCGUCUAGCGCAUUACUUGAUAGGGAACGCCCGCUCACACGGAUCUCGUAUCAGGAUAUCUAUCUGCGCGGUGCGUGCAGGUGUGUUUGUCGGUCUGCAGCCAAAACUGUAAGUUUCGUGGGGGAGAGAUGGCCACCAUGAAUUUCCUCAGAGAUAUUGGCACAGAGCUGACCCGUUCCUAGAGUCAAACAACCCGAGAACAUGGCCAGCCCCUCUGAGCAGCUGUGGAAGAACCUGUCUGCUGCCAAUAUGACACCAUCAAUAGGUGAUCUAGCGAACGGCACAAAUGGCAGCCCCUCCAUGUCUAUAAACAGACUGUUCCCGGCUCUGUUGGAGUGUUUCGGGAUCAUUAUGUGCGGCUACAUUGCGGGUAGAGCCAAUGUUAUAACGGCCACGCAGGCAAAAGGACUCGGCAAUUACGUUUCCCGUUUUGCACUUCCUGCACUUUUGUUCAAAAACAUGGUCGUCUUGGAUUUCUCCGACGUCAACUGGUCCUUUCUGUACAGUAUACUUAUCGCCAAAGCCUCUGUGUUCAUCGUGGUCUGCGUGCUGACUUUAUUAGUGGCUAACCCCGAAAGCCGCUUCAGCAAAGCUGGACUCUUCCCUAUAUUCGCAACUCAAAGCAAUGACUUUGCACUUGGCUAUCCCAUAGUUGACGCCUUGUACCGAUCCACGUAUCCUAAGUACCUCCAGUACAUCUACUUGGUGGCACCGGUAUCGCUCAUGAUGUUAAACCCUUUGGGGUUUGUUUUCUGCGAGAUCCAGAAAUGGAGAGAUAAUCCGAACACUUCGCAAGGCAAAAUGAAGAUCUUGGGACUCGCCCUUUUUCGUGUCUUCCAGAACCCAAUAGUAUUUAUGGUAUUUAUAGGAAUUGCCUUUAACUUUGCACUUGGCCAGAAGAUUCCUGUCUACUUGGAGAAUUUUCUGGACGGUCUGGCCAGUUCUUUUCCUGGCUCAGCUUUAUUUUAUCUGGGUCUUACAAUGGUCGGACAGACCAGUAAGCUGAAGAAAUCGUCUUUUGUUGCCUUGCUGCUACUUAUCACCGCAAAACUACUGGUCUUGCCGCUUAUCUGCAGGGAAAUGGUGGAACUGUUGGAUCGGUCUAGUUCUGCAGUCAACCACACCAGUUUAUCCAACUAUGCAUUUCUGUAUGGAGUCUUCCCAGCCGCCCCAGGAGUUGCCAUAUUUGCAAACCAGUUCAACAUGGAGGUCGAAAUUGUCACAUCAGGAAUGGUGAUCAGCACCUUCGUGUCUGCUCCAAUCAUGUAUGUCUCGGCCUGGCUCUUGACUAUUCCAUCAAUGGAUCCGAAGCCUCUGGCUUCCUCUCUGCAAAACGUCAGCUUUGAUAUUAGCAUUGUGAGCCUGGUCGCCCUGAUUUGGUCUCUGGCUGUUUUACUUCUGAGCAAAAAAUAUAAGCGACUCCCUCAUAUACUUACUGCAAAUCUACUUCUUGCUCAGCUCAUUGUCUGCAUUGGAAUGGUGUUAUGGAACUUCAUCAUAAAGGAGAGGAACAUUGUGGGACAGAUCCUGGUGUUUGUAAUCCUUUACAGCGCCCUCUACAGUACUUACCUGUGGACAGGUCUCAUCGCUUUAUGUUUGUUUUUACUGACAAAGAGAGAAGUUGGGAAUAUUCCGACAGCGGUCAUAGCUUUGGCUGGAUGGGGCAUUCCUGUGUUAAUUGUGUGUGUUCUUGUGAGUGUCGGGGAACGUGAUGUGGAUAGCAUUGACUCGGCUUUCUUUUAUGGGAAGGCUCAGGUUAUCAGCACCUCCGUGGUCCUGUGUGUCACCAUAAUGCUAUCGGGCGUUUUUCUUAUGUGCAUGAGUCGCAGUGGACAAGAUGGAAACUACCAGGUACUGAAUCAGUCCUCCCAGAGCAGUAGUGUCAGGACUGGAGAUACUACAACCGAGUCCAAGCCAGAGAGUCCCAUCAGGGCUAGUACACCACUUAACUCUCGAGCAGAGAUUUGUGCCUGUGGACAGGAAAACGGAGACGUGUGUCAGCCUGUGGACUCUCCAAAUAUGCUGAAUAUAAAUGAGGCUCCCAGCAUCGAGGACGCACAUGAAUGUCUAAGUCGCUGCAACUCCCAGAGAUGUGCCCUGUCCCAGGAAGAGCAGAAUCAGCUCCACGGUGAAGACAGACAGAUAGCGAGACAUGUCCUGCUGUGCCUGCUGCUCGUCGUGGGGCUCUUUGCUAACGCAUCCAGUUGCUUUUGGUGGCUUUUCAAUCCUGAACCCGGGAGACUUUAUGUGGAACUUCAGUUUUUUUGCGCUGUCUUUAACUUUGGUCAGGGUUUCCUGUCAUUUGCCAUUUUUGGGUUAGAUAAACACUUGAUCAUACUUCCAUGUAAGAAAAGACUUCAGUUCCUCUGGAAUGGCAGAGAACCCAAUGUCGAGGCCGAGGAGACCAGGCUGCCCGAGGAUAUCCGAUUGACCUGCCACCAGUUUGUGCACUACCACAGAGAUAUGUGCAUUAAGAACGUUGUUCGGGAAAGAAGGUGUGGUCCCAGGACAUCUGGAGGCGUCUUCUUGGGCUCAGAUUUGGUGACGUGGCUUGUUGAGGUUGGACUGGCAUCAGACCGGGGGGAAGCCGUAAAAUACGGAGAGAGACUGCUGAAAGGAGGGGUCAUCCAACAUAUCACUGAUGAAUUUGAGUUUCGAGAUGAAAACCUUUACUACCGCAUGUUGAAGACAAAGCUACUUCCUACCUACAAACAGAGGACCCUUUAACAAUUCUCCUAAAGAAGAGACUACUUUCUUCUCAUCUAUAAAGCCAUAUAGAAAACACAGCGGCUCAUAGCAGUUGCCUAUGCAAUGUCACAACGUCUGGGUGGGCUAUGGAUUGGAAACUUAUCCCAUCAGCUGCAGUAAGAAGCUAUUAGAUCCCUGGGUUACAAUAUGUCCUAUAAGAAUCUUGUAGACCAGUGUUUCCCAACCAGGGUGCCUCCAGC